AUGGGGCCGCUCAGCUGGCUGCCUCUGUUCCUGGUGCUGCUGUGGCCGCUGGGGGCCCUGGCCACGCUUCCAAUCAGGGUGUUCGUGGUGCCCCACAGCCACAUGGACGUGGGCUGGCUCCACACAGUACAGGAGAGCAUGCGGGCUUAUGUCGCCAACGUCUACACCUCGGUGGCGGAGGAGCUGACCCUUAAGGAGCAGCGCAGGUUCAUCGCCGUGGAGCAGGAGUUUUUCCGGCUGUGGUGGGAUGGCAUCGCCUCGCACAAGCAGAGACGCCAGGUCCACCAGCUCCUGGCCCAAGGACGCCUGGAGUUUGUCCUCGGAGGCCAGGUCAUGCAUGAUGAGGCCGUGACCCACUUUGAUGACCAGAUCCUACAGCUCACAGAAGGACACGGGUUUCUCUACGAAACAUUUGGGGUCCGGCCUAGGUUCUCCUGGCAGGUCGACCCAUUUGGAGCAUCUGCCACGACCCCCACCCUAUUUGCCCUGGCGGGCUUCAACGCCCACGUCAUCUCCCGGAUCGACUAUGACCUGAAGGAGGCCAUGCAGCAGGACCAGGCGCUGCAGUUCGUGUGGCGGGGGUCCCCGUCCCUGUCGGCACAGCAGGAAAUCUUCACACACGUCCUGGACACACACGGCUACUGCUCGUGAAACCCCCCUAAAAUUCCUCUCUCUCUCAGUAAAGGGUUUUACUGGGACGGAGAAGCUGUCUUCCCAGACCCUCCCAAGGAUGGAAUGUACCCCUCGAAGGACACGCCUGUCACUAAGACCAACAUUGAAUCCUACGCUAUGGACAUGUUGAACAACAUAUUUGAACGGGCCGCCUGGUUCCGGACACCGCACGUCCUCUGGCCCUGGGGAUGUGACAGGCAGUUCUUCAACGCCUCAGAGCAAUUUGUCAACAUGGACCUUCUGCUGGACUAUAUCAACAGCCGCACAUCCCGCUUCAGUGUCUCGAUAGAGUAUGCCACACUGGGUGGCUACUUCCAAGCUGUUUACGCACAUAAUGUUUCAUGGCAAGUCCACAACCACCAAGACUUCCUGCCCUAUUCCUCAGAACUGUUAAAGUCCUGGACCGGAUUCUACACGUCCCGAAGCGGGCUGAAAGGCCUGGCGAGGCGAGCCAGCGCUCUGUUGUAUGCCGGGGAGUCCAUGUUCACACGCUGCAUGUGGCCGGCUCCCCACCGGUUCCUGGACCCGGCCUGGGCCCUGAAGCGGCUCCAGCAGCUGCGCUGGGCAGUCUCGGAGGUCCAGCACCACGACGGCAUCACUGGGACUCACACCCCCAACGUGACAGACAUGUUAGUGGAACAUCUGAGCGCAGGGGUGCAGGGUGUGCACAAGCUGAUGGCCACCAUCACCCAGGACAGGACCCCAGCCCACUCAGCCUUGCCUCUGUGUGCAGGCCCAGAGCCUGGGGGCCUCUUUGCCGUGGUCUACAACCCCCUGGCCUGGACAGUCACCACCAUCGUCACUCUGACUGUGGGCUUCUCUGAGGUCAGCGUCACGGACGAGUCAGGCCGCCCGGUGCCUGCGCAGGUCCAGAAGUCAGGGGAUACCCCACCCGCACAUGACCUGCACGUGCUGACCACGAUCCCGGGGCUCAGCUACCAGCACUACAGCAUCAGGCCCAUCAAGAGGGCCCAUGAGGACACCCAGGAGGCUGCUGCCACCGUGACCAGCGCCACGCAGUUUGGCCGCAGGCUCAGGGGACAUGCCAGGCACUUGGGCAGGCGCCUGGUGCCUGUGAAGAAUGACUGCUACACUGUGUUCCUGGACCAGGAGACCAACCUGAUGCACAGCGUCUGGGAGGGGCAGAGUAACCGCACAGUACGCGUGACCCAGGAGUUCAUGGAGUACCACGUGAACGGUGAAGAGGAAGACGGUCUUAUUUCAGAUAAUUACGUGUUUAUGCCCAAAGGUGCCGCAGAGCCAGCGUGGGAAGCUGUGGGGAUGGAGAUCGUAGAGGGGCGGCUCAUGACCGAGAUCCGGCAGUUCUUCUACAGGCAGGUGAACGACACUGACCACACACACGCCAUCUACACCCGGCUGGCCCGCGGGCCUCAGGGCUCUGGCGGGGAGCUGCUCUGCCAUCGCAUAGAACAGGAGUGCCGGGUGGGCCCCUUGGAGCUGAACCGCGAGGCCAUCCUGAGGACCAGCACCGAUCUCAACACUCAGCGGGUUCUCUACUCGGACAACAACGGCUACCAGAUGCAGCGCAGGACCUACAGAAACUACGCGAACAACACUGUCUCCCGGAAUUACUACCCCAUGGCCCAGGCGGCCUUCAUCCAGGACAGAGGCAGCCGGCUCGUGCUGCUGUCGGAGCGGGCCCACGGCGUCUCCAGCCAGAGGAGCGGGCAGGUGGAGGUCAUGCUCCACCGGCGGCUCUGGAACAAGUUCGACUGGGCCUUGUGGGACAACCUCACACUGAACGACACCACCGUUGUCCGCCCUGUGCUCUGGCUGCUGCUGGGACCCCGCACACUCACCGCCGGCCUGCGCCAGAGGAGUGGGCUGGCGCUGCGGCACAGGCCCGUGGUGCUGCUGAGAGAGCUGAAUGAGACUGCCCAGGAUGGCCCAGGCCCCCAGCAGCAAGAGGCUGUGACUCUGCCCCCAAGUCUCCACCUGCAGACCCUCAGCAUCCCCGGCUGGAAGUACAGCUCCAACCACACAGAGCACCUGUGGAAUCUCCGGAAAGGCCAUCCACGAAAGGCCAAGGCUGACCUCCGCCGUGUCCUGCUGCGGAUCCACCACCUGUAUGAGGUGGGGGAGCACCCGGUCCUGUCUCAGCCUGUGACAGUGAACCUGCAGUCCGUGCUGCGGGGACUGGGCUCCGUGCUGGCGGUGGAGGAGCGCUCGCUCACCGGGACCUGGGACGUGAGCACGCUGCACCGCUGGACGUGGAGGACCCAGGAUCGUCCCCUCCACAGAGGAGGCUCCAGCCACCCCUCGCCAACCCCCGGAAGCCCCACCGUCACUAUCCACCCGAAGGAAAUCCGGACCUUCUUCAUUCACUUUCGAAAGCAGUGAGCCCUUGGCAGUUGUGUGGCCUCAGGAUGCAGAGAAGCAGCGUGGAGCGGUGAGGGGUCACUGCCCAUCUGGCAGGCCUGCGGCAGGACAUGGAUGGAA